GCUGAACAGACGCACAGGGAUUCACACGACUGCGCUCUGAAUGACUGGGACUUCGCUCAAACGGAUAACCUGUCUGCUCAGACGGAAGGAAGGCACACAAGUCACAUUCUGUCGCUUGUAAGACAUCACCAUGACCCAUAAUCCUCUUCUUCUAAAUACAACCUGGGAAGGCCUGGAUCCUUCAAAUUCCUCCAGAUUCCAGGAAAGCUCAGUCCAAAUCACUUAUGUGGACUUCUACCUCCACAAGCCCUCUGUGGCUGCAGUCUUCACUGUCUCCUAUCUGCUCAUAUUCCUGGUGUGCAUGUUGGGAAAUGGAGUUGUGUGUUUCAUUGUGCUGCGCAGCAAGAACAUGCGCACCGUCACCAACUUGUUUAUUCUCAACCUUGCUAUUAGUGACCUGCUGGUUGGCAUCUUCUGUGUGCCCACCACACUCGUGGACAACAUCAUAACAGGAUGGCCGUUCGGUAGUGUCGUCUGUAAGAUGAGUGGAAUGGUUCAGGGGAUAUCUGUGUCAGCUUCUGUGUUCACACUGGUAGCGAUAGCUGUCGACAGGUUCCGCUGCAUUGUUUAUCCUUUCAAACAGAAGCUGACCAUCGCCACCUCCAAGAUGAUCAUCGUUGUCAUAUGGGUCUUGGCUGUUUUCAUCAUGUGUCCCUCUGGGGUCAUGCUCCAAGUCACCAAGGAACAGAGCGUCAGAAUCGUCCUCAGCCAUAAUAACAGUACACGCCCUUUCUACUGGUGCCGAGAAAACUGGCCCAAUCAGGAGAUGAGGAAGAUCUACACCACGGUCCUUUUUGCAAACAUCUACCUCGCACCUCUUAGCCUUAUCGUUAUCAUGUACGCACGCAUCGGUUUUGUGCUCUUUAAAACCACUCUUCCCCCCAUGAGAGGCAGUGGAAUCGGGCCUGGAAAUGACAGUGGUAACAACAAAUCAAGCAUGGACGGUCGUCACACCAUCUCCAGGAAGAAAAAGAGGGUCAUUAUGAUGCUUCUGGUCGUGGCUCUGCUCUUCAUCUUGUCUUGGCUGCCUUUGUGGACACUGAUGAUGCUGAGUGACUAUGCCAGCCUGACAGAGCAUCAGUACCGUGUCAUUAACAUCUACGUGUAUCCUCUGGCACACUGGUUGGCGUUCUUCAACAGCAGCAUCAACCCCAUCAUCUACGGCUUUUUUAAUGAGAAUUUCCGCAGAGGCUUUCAGGCGGCUUUCAAGUUCCAGUUGUGCUCUGCUGACAUCGAACGCCAGAGGUCCUACUCCCACCGUAUCCGGGGAAACGCUGUUCUCCCGGUGCAGCCUCCCGCCCUCAGUAGGUCACAUUCAGGACUUGGGGCAGUGUUAGUGGGAAACGGGAAGUACUCUUGUCACGAUGCACAGUCCUCGGCCGGUAGAAGUGAUAUCAAAGAACAGGACCUGAUCAUGGAAGAUCUGGAAAAGGUGUCCCAGAUUUAGAAAGACUUGUGGAACCUGAAAAAGGCUGUAACGCCUCCUCAGAUUCAUAUACUGCAGCUGUAGCAUGAACAAGAAGUUUACGUGCUUUAACUUCAAGUGUUUCUCUUCAAGUGACUGAACAAAAUAUCGCCUCUGAAUGAUGGGUAGGACUGUACAAGCAAAAAAGAUCAUGGAAAAAGGGCUGGGCGAUAAUGCCAAAAAUGUUAUUUUCACAGCAGUUGAUAACAAAGUAUCACAAAAAAAUGUUGACUUAUUAUUUUAUUCCAGUUUAAAAGCUGAUUUAUGGUGUUGAGCAAACGUUGAGAAAACCAUCUGAAUAAGCUUUUUGUAAAAGAAAUAAGAAGCUGAAAAAGAUAGGCACUUAAUUGUGAUUUUUAAGUCGUUAUUUUAUAGUC